CAAUAAUGUAAAUUAAGAUAUGAGGAUUUUCAAAUAAAACGGUGAAUUAUUUAGAAGACGGAAUAAACAAAAAAAAGUUAAAAAAAAUAAUUGUCUAAUUAUGAUUAUUUUAAAGCAACGAAAUGAAACAUAAAAUGUUCAAGUUACUGCUGGGGGAAAAAAGUUACAAGGUGAAAAACAGUUGCAGGAAAAAAAGGAAAAGAUUCGAAAUUUAAAAUUGUCUGCGCGUUCGACGUGUAGUUGGGAGUUGCAGAUAGGUGCAAGAUGUACAAUGUCACCAACAACUACGUUCAGUAGUUAGAAUCAAGGAUAAGCGUGCGAGACGUUGGUAUAGCACAAUGUACAUAGCAUUGGGAACGUGCCAGUGUAUAGAAUGGGCCAUCUACAUAGCUAUAUAGCAAGGCUGGGAAAGCGAUCGUCAGCAGGCAACUUCUUGCGAACUCGUAGCAGCGCGAGCAGUAGCAGACUGCAACGCAGUCGGUGCAGUCGGUGCGGCCAGUGCAGCUGCUCGUCAAAGUCCUAACUCCAAUAGCACCUAUAAUACAUUAUACGUAGCAAAGAGAUGAACAUCAUUGAACAGCUGACAUCGACGCUUAUCGCGCAGCCUCGUGCAAACAUGGAACGCUUCGCGCUCCGAGCGAAUAACGUCCAUCGCGUCGAGUGCCUGUCUCGUUUGUGCAACGAGCCAAUCGUCUUGGCUGCGACAAGAUGAGAAAAAUUACUUUUGCCAGUGAAAAGCCAAUUACUUGAGUGCUCGGCUGCGUCCAUGUCCUCGAGAGCCAAAUGACGGCAGGAUCAACCUUCGCUGGCAGUCGCUCGUGCUGUCAAUUAUUAUUAUUCUUAUGUAUGCAUUCGAGAUAACGUCUGCCACAAGAUCAUGAAGAAAACAUGACGACUCGGCUUCAGUCGGAAUUGGAAAGCGCCGUGAGCCGAGACGACAUCGAGGACCUGCAGGAGCUGAUCGACCGGGAGGGCCUGCCGAGCGACUCGGAGUGGAUCGACUACUCGCUGCUGAUGUCGGCCCUCAAGGCCAACCGGUGCCGCGUCGCGACGAUGCUCGUCGAGCGGGGCUGCCGCGUCAACUACGCCGGCCUCGACGGCAAGACCAGCCCCCUCCACCUGGCCGUGCUCAUGGGCAAGAUCGAGAUGGUCGAGCUGCUGCUGCGCAAGGGCGCCUCCAUCCUGGCGAGGAACGAGCGCGCCGAGACGCCCCUGCACCUGGCGGCCAAGCUCGACUUUCGCGAGUACACCAUCGACUGCCUCAUGACGGCCCUCCUGUCCAAGAGCCAGGAGAACCUCGUGGACGAGUCGGGCCUGAGCCUGCUGCACAUCGCCUGCGCCCGGGACAACUCGAGACUGGCCGCUAAGCUGCUGGCCGGGGGGGCCCGGCCCAACGAGCCCAUCCGCGAGGACUGCGGCCCCCAGCUCUGGGCCGGCUACACGGCCCUCCACGUGGCCGUGCAGAGCGCCAACGAGUACAGCUGCCUGCUGCCGCUGCUGCUGGAGGCGGGCGCCGACCCCAACCUCCGGAGCCCGGGCGGCUUCAACGGCCUGCACAUGGCGGCGAGGCGCGGCUCCGAGUCGCUGGUCGAGCAGCUGCUCGCCUCGCCCCGGCUCGACCUCGAGGCCCGGGUCGACGGGCCGGCCCACGAGCUCCAGGGCUGGACGGCGCUGCACCUGGCCGCGCUGCACAGGCACGCCUCGAUCGUCCAGCUGCUGGUGUCGCGCGGCCUCCCGGUCAACUCGCGCACCAGCCCCCUCGGCUACGCGCCCCUCCACGUGGCCAUGCAGGACGCCGACUCGAGGACGAUCCGCGCCCUCAUCGAGCGGGGCGCCGACCUCAACGCGACCAACGCCGAGCUGCACACGCCCCUGCACCUGGCCGUCAUCCACCAGCACUACCGCCUGGUCAAGUACCUGAUCGAGUUCGGGGCCGACCUCAACGCCCAGCAGGCCUCCGACGGCUACACGGCCCUCCACAUCGCCUGCCUGCAAAAGUUCGGCAAGUACGAGAGCAAGGAGCGGCCCUUCGCCGACCUCUACGAGCUCGGGCCGAUCGACGCCUGCAGCGCCAAGUCCGCCGCCACCUCGUCCCUCGUGCCGAGCUUCGACUCGGUCGGCAAGCUCUCCUCCGAGCAGAUCGCCGGCCACUCGUCCGGCUCCAACUGCUGCAUCGUCGAGCUCAUCUGCCAGCAGGCCCGGAUAACCGACAAGAAUCCCCUGGACCGCCACGGCCUCGGCUACUUCCACAUCGGCUGCAUGAGCGGCAACCUGGCCAUGGCCCGGGAGUACAUAAGCCGCGGCGUCAGCCCCGGCCUGCGCCUCAAGGACAGCUCGCCCGUCUGGCCCGGCAACACGGCCCUCCACUUGGCUGUGCUGGCCGACAAGCGCGACGUCGUCGAGCUGCUGCUGCACUUUGGCGCCGAUCCCGCCGAGACCAACGCCUCCGGCCUCUCCCCCAUUCACCUGACUCUGCCUCCGCAUCAGGCCAACGGCUGCAACGAGAUUCUGCUGCAUCUGCUGCUGGACGCCCUCGAGGACAAGAUAAGCCGCUGCGAGCGAGAGGCGGCGGGCUUGACGCGCCUCCACUUGGCUUGCAUGCGAGACUGCAAGAACUUCGCCGACUUGUUCUCCGAGCUGGAGAUCGAGGUGGAUCGCAGAGUCGACGACUCGUCGGCCAUCUGGCCAGGCUGUAGCCCGCUCCACUUGGCUCUGCAGUUUGGCCGAGCGAUCGCCACCAAGUACCUGAUCGACCACGCCGCCGACGUCAACGCCAAGGACCUGCGCGGCUGGACCCCCCUGCAUUACGCCUGUACCAAUGCCAACGAGUCGCUCAUCAAGUACCUGCUCAAACACGACGCCGACGUCGACUGCGUAACCGUGGACGAGCAUAAAACUCCGCUCUUCAUCGCCAUCAGCCAGCCCAAUUCCAAUUCGCGAGUUAUUCAGUUGCUGUUGGACUUUGGCAGCGACAUCAACAUCGAGGACGCCCAAGGUAAUACUUCGCUCUCGGCCUUCUACGAGAGCUCCUGCAAGGACGUCGACUUUGCCAAUAGAUUGAUGAACAACGUCUACUUUAUCUACGAGUACCUCUACACGCAUAUCGAAAAAAUGAGAAUCGUUAAUUAUUACAUAAGUGACAAAAUCAUACGAGUUUUCGAGCAAUUGCGGAUUUGGUUGAAUUGCAAUGCUUUGGGCCAUAGUUGCGGCAGAUGGCAUAGCCUCUUCACCUUAUCCUGUCAAGCGGAAGUCGAGGAAUUGAAGCGCAUUGUCAUAACGAAAAAUUCCACUCUCUACGAUAUUCUCUUUAAAGAUGCCAACCAAAUGGCUUCUCUUUGUCAGAAUGAUAAAUUAGUCAAAAUGGUCUACUCGAGAUAUUUAGCUGAAAGAAAGUCUCCGAUUUACGGACACAUCCUGCAUCGAAAGUUCAAGCACGGCAUGGCCCGUCGAGAUUUACUCGAACCAGCGACGAGCGCGAUGAACAGCCUAAUCGGUAGCUCGCUUCCAGCAGUCUUAUGGGAGAGCAUUUUCAGGUUCCUCAGCAACUGUGAUUUGAUAAGUAUUAUUAAAUGUGGACGCAUCGUGACGAACGAGUUAGAAAAUACACCAUCGUGAUGAAUUGCCCAUUACAGCCAUUUACUGUUUCUUAAUCGACAAACUAUUUUUGCUCUCGUUACCUUGAUUGCUAAGAAUAAGAUCGAUGCUUUUCUAGUCCUAGAAACAAAUAUUUUAUGAUGACGCUAUUGAUCCGUUCGCUACCAACAAAUGUAAAAAGUACCUACUUAUUUUCUUAAAACAUGUACUAUGUAAAUAAUGUUAAAAAUGUUAAUAAGUUCGAGAUUAUUGUAAAUAUUGUUAAAAAUAUGUUUGAUGCGUUGAUGCAACUAAAUAAUAAUCGUUCUCAACACACGCUUAA